AUAAUGGCGGACCGUCAAAUCUAGCCAACGGCCGUGGUAACUCAUCAUUAAAGCCGGGAAACACACACCGAAAGGCGGGCAGUGGAUACAAUAAACUUUUAGGUAGAGGUGGCAGAAUCGCCAGCUGUCCAAUGUGUCCAGCUGACCAGAAGACAAGGUGGACUUAUGUCUCUCUGAAUAAAGCUGCUGGAAAGUUGGCAUAGCGAUGUGGAGUCGCUUGCGAAGUGAGGCGGGGCCACCAGCCUCUGUCUCUUCCCAGCCUCCCUUUGCUGGGCAAGACAACAGGAGAGAGAUAUCUCAAGCCUGGAAUUGUAUAAAUCAGACCAAAGCUGCCUUGCGACACAUUGAGAAUCGUCUAGAGGCAUCACCAGGCUCUGGAGUGCUUCUGGACUCCGUGCUAGACACAAAGAAGUCAUCUGUGAGUGGCGUUCGGAAAAUAAGCCGCAGAGACGGGCGUCAUGUGGAGGAAAGUGGGUCCAAGUCCAGAACGCGGAGUCGACGCAGUCCAGACAAAAGUUCCCGCAGUCCCUUAAGGAACAGCACUUUGGACAGCAAUGCCAGGAAACCCAGUGCCGUGGAAUUCAGAGAGCCUCUCGCUUCAUACAGGGAAGCAUCUCCGCUGCCAGUAUCCCUCACCCAAUCUGAACCAGAAGCCCUUUUGUUACCGACAGAGGUGGACCUCCUUCAGCCUGAUUUUACUCUUAGCCAGCUGGUGUAUCAGCGUGACACCCGAGACAUGCAGACCGCAGACCUGGACAGCCUGCACUCCUCAGCUGUAGACAGCACAUCAGUACACUACCUCAAUGAUCUGUCUGCUCUCCAUGCCAUCCAGCAGCCUGAUCAACCCGCAUUAGAGUCAGAGGUCAGGCCUAGAACACAAUUACAGGCUAACACAUCUCAGAUGUCCAGUCCGGGCUCAAGCGCUUCUGCACAACGGUUGGAGAGCCUGCGACAACGUGUGCCUGAUGAAAAGAUAGAGAAGCUGAAAGAGAAAAUCCGCAGACAGAAGGAACAUCUGGAGGAAACGGAGGAGAGAAACAAGCUUUUAGGUUACCUGGAGCAACCUGUGGGUAUCGGGACGGCCGGAUACAAUACCACAAUACCCACUGCUAAAGUUCGGAAGGUGGCCCCAGCUCCUCCUGCACCCAUUUAUAAAGGCUUCAACACCAGUGAGACUAAGAUUCGCACUUCUGAUGGGAAAGUGUGGGCAGAGGAGGAGUUCCAGAACCUAAGCAGAGAAAUAUACAGAGACCUGACCCGAAAGCUCACAGCACAGAGCACAAAACCAAAACAGAGGCCUAGAGAACGGGAGAAGGUGAAAGAGAAGAAACCAUCCAAGCCUGUUAGGAAAGUCCACAGAUCUUCCUCUGCACCAGACUCAAAUGCUAAACCAGUGAUCAGCACGUCAUCAUGGCGAGAUGGGCAGAAGCUGGUGAACAUGAUGCUGGGGCCUCCUCCGCGAUUACACAGAGAGCCUCGGGCACAGUCCUCAGAGACCCAGAUGAGAACAGGCCCUGGUCCUCGUUCCAGCUCGGAUCCUCGUCUGGAGCAUAACCGACGUCCAAGGCGCAGCAGUUCAGAAAGAUCUCGCAAUAACGUUCCUCCAGAUGAAACUGCUGGACCCUCCAGGUCAGCCGGCAGUGAUAGAAGAAAGUCUCCCGUCACAGAUCUCCUCUCAGCUGACAUCCGCGGCAUCCUAGAUGACCUGCAAUUGGAGGAGGACGACAGCAGGAGGGAGGCAGUGGCCACCUCCAGAGUUCGUGCCUCGACCCGCACCUCCCGCAGUGCCAGCCCUGCCAAAACUACCAAGAGAGCAGAGCCUCCCGAGCAGCCUGUGCCAAAGAAACGGCACUAUGAUGCUGAAGCGGUGCGGCUUUAUAUCGUGCAAAAGCAGGAAGAAAGGAAAAAACGGCAAGCAGAGGAGAGGAGAGCUCAGAGAGAGGAGGAAGAGAACAAGAAUAAACGCCUACAAGAGCUGUACAGGAAACAACGAGCAGGAGCCAAUAAGGGCCCGGUUGCACCUGAAGUUCCAAUAAAGAAGCGGCUCCAGGAAACAUACACCAAGCUACUGCUGGAGCAAACUCAGCUCCGAGAAGAGAUCAACGGAGAGGCUGUAGCAAACGGAAGCCAGCAGCCAAGACCAGUUUACCAGCCGUCUGGAGAGUCUGAUAAAGAAAACAAAAGACAUGAUCGACCUCAAAGUGCCACCUCCAGCAGUGAUCUGUCCCUACCAGAGCAACGGCAGCCGCCUUUCUCCAGGAAUGAUUUGGGAUUUGGAGGGUCGCCCUGGCUGCAGUCCGAUCAGCGCAGUCCUGCUUUGCAUGUCAGCAGCACUCUACCGCCCUCUUCUGGUCACAUCUUUUCUCAACUCUUAGAACUUGAUCAAGAGCCUUCACUACCUAGCAGAGAGUCUCGAACAGCACACCAGUCACUUCCUUCAGCCACAGGCCACAAAAUGAGCCGUAUUGAAGCUCUGAAGGCCACCGCCGCCUCUCUCUCCAGCCGCAUUGAGAAUGAGGCACGCAAACUAGCAGGUGUCGGAAUAAACUACGGUUGUGCCAGGGAUACAGGCACAGGUCUUUUAAUCCCAAACGAAGACCGCUGGGCAAAACCCAUCAGCCCACCGGUCAGAGAGAAUAGGACAGACUCUGAUGAGCUGGUUGAGAGGAUUCAAAGGCUGCUCGCUGCAGGUCAGAGCACCUAUGAUGAGGCUCUACCAGGCGUGGGCAACCUUCACAGCCUUAGGGAGAAGACAGAGAUGGGGAUCAAACAAACACCUGUGGCCUCUGCCUUCACUGCUAGAAACGCACGCAAGACUCCUUCGCCUCCAAAGCCUGUUGUUGAGGAAGUUGAACUAGACUCCAGCGGUGGUUCUAUCAGCGAAGGUCCUCUGCUGAGCGAGGGCUGUAUAUCUGACGAUGACAUGCAAGAGCUACCCAGAUCCAGAUUGACAACCACAGGAUUUAAUGGAGGCUAUAUGAAUGGAGACAGUUUGAACCCGAUUUCACGAUUUCAGAAGGAGGCAGAGAAGCAGCCACCCUUUAGUUCCCUAAGUCUUGUACAAGGAGGAAGCAAUGGACCAUGGGAAGAACUGGCCAAGGGAAGCCCCCACAGUGUUAUUAAUAUAUUUACAAAGAACAUGAGUUAUGGGAAAGCAUUUGAAGAAAGGGGUGGUAAGAGUUCUCCAGCUGUCCGCUCUGUUCUGUCUGGUGCCAGCUCAUUGGAUGGGAUCGUUUAUGAAGAUGACUUCAUUUCCUCACGUGCCAGUAGCCAAUCAGCAUCCAAGAGAAGCCCCAAUGGGCUCAGUAAUGGCCUUGGUCAUUUCAGUCCGCCAGACGAGGUGUUAAGUGGCAGAUCUGCAUACAGCAACAGAGCUCAGCGUUCACCAGCUCUCACACCUCUCUCCUCUCCACACUCAGCCAGCUCAAGCAGCAAGAGAGCUUCAGAAAGGAGCUUGCAAGAAGGACAAAGAAACACCUUUUCUGCGAUCUCAGAUCUCCCUGCUGAAGGUUUUAAGAAGAGCGGCUCAGAGAAAGCAUCCAGUCGCAGCUCUCACAGGAGCGUGGACACAGACAGCACUCUGGGGGGCGUCUCUAUCCACUCCAUCCACAGUAGUCUUUUUGGCUCUGAGGGAAAGAAGUCUCCCCGAAGCACUCUGACAACUCCUGCUGCUGCUUCUCCAGCCAGCUCUGGUUCUUCUCGGUUGUCUCCAGGUGACGGUAUCCCAUCUAAAGGGUCUGUCCAUGGGUCAAGUUCCCCUCACACAGCUCUGCCUAGUUCCUCCUCAUCCUCCUCUUCAGCAGUCCGGGCUAAAUCCAACCCCUCGCCAAAUAUUCAAAGCCCAGGAAGAACAGAGCACAGAACUACAGGUUCAGCAGAGCUCAAGUUUGCUCCUGGAGUCUUGCAUCAGCGCCUGUCUGCUGAGCUCAAUUACCUGGACGCGGUGGAGGAGUCGGUACGACAGCUCGGUGACGUGGAGAGAGUGAGAGGAGUGUCUCUCGCUCAGCAAGAAACUGUCUCGCUUGCACAGAUUCUGAAGUCCCAGCAGCAAAGGCAUGAGCGUGACCUGUACCUGCUGAGGAUGAAGGCCGAGCAGGAAGCCCUUGAAACACAGAUGCAGCUGGAAGAAAGCAGACAGAAGGCUGCACGGGUUCAUGCAGAGCUGCAGGAGAGUUUGCUUCAGUCUCAACAGCAGGCGUUGGGAGGUUUGCAUGAGGCCACAAACAAGAUGAUUAACCAGCAGGCUGAGGCCGCACGACACACAGCUGAAACAGCACGACACAUUAAAGAAAUGACUGAGCUGGCACGUUCACAGAUUGUAGGAGCACUAAGUGUUCCUGGACCCUCCAUUACAGCCCUGCAUGAGCAGCAGAGACCGCACAACCGCAGUUCGAAACCGCACCAGCCACAAACCCACACAGACAGUAGCUGGACAAGCGAACUGUCUCCUGAGAGACAUCAGAGUCCAUCAGAGGUCGAGACGCCACCAGACAGCCUCUCAGAGUCCAUCCCUUCCAGAAGACCCACCAUCAGUGGUGGUGGAAGCAGCAGUACCCAAUUGAGUCCACCUCAUUCUGAUCAAACAGAGAGGAGGACACCUGGUAAAGACAGGAGCAGUAGUUCAGUGGAGGACCAGGCUCACACUGCUGCCGAUGACUCUCUUUGCUUAAACAGUGUGCUUGGCCCUCUUGAAGAGAAAGCAGACUGUGCCUCCAUUGCAACAGAGUACUCUGUGAAGUUCGAUGAUUCGAUGACCGAGGAUGACAUUGAAGAAAGAUCGUUCCGCUCUCUUUUACCAUCUGAGGCCCACCGUCGCGAAUCACUGGACAAGAAGCCUGAAGCUCAUCCUGAAUCUGAUGAAGACCACAGCCAUGACCGAUCCAGCCCUAGAGCCAGUACAAAGGAUGGCAGCAUGCCCUUUUCCAGCGGCCAGGACAGCUUCUCCAAGUUCACCAUGGACUUGGUGCGCCAGUACAUGAAGGAGGAGGAAGUUCGUGCUCAGCAUCAGAGUUCUCUGCUGCGUCUGCGUGAAAAGGCCCUCAGAGAGAAGACCAAGGCUGAAGUGGCCUGGCUGGAGCACCAGAAGAGGCGUCUCCGGGAUAAAGGAGAGGAUGAUAAGAUGCCCCCACUUCGUAAGAAACAGAGGGGCCUGAUAAUGAAACUGCAGCAGGAACAGGCGGAGAUUAAACGACUCCAGGAGGCCAAUAAAGCAGCGAGAAGAGAGAGACAGCUGCUCCUCAAACAGCAGGAGGAGAUUGAGAGAAUGAGACACACAACCCUCAAACUCAAAGAGCGACUCAAGACUGCUGGAGACACAAAGAUGGAGUCACCUGUGUCAGGUGUGGCAGAGUCGUCGGCUCCGCCCAGUGUGAUUGUGACAGAUGCAGACACCCGAAGCCCCUCCCCCAUGUCUGUAUCAGGCAGUGAAACCAGCAGCAUCAUGCAGAAACUGAAAAAGAUGCGCUCUCACAUGGAUGAGAAACACUGCUCUCCUGUCCAUUAUUUCUUCUCUGUCUUUACGGCUCAUCACUGGGCCUCUCUUUCUGUCUGUCUCCCAAAUCUCCACCCCAAAUUCCAGCUCUUUAUCUACAGCCAGUUGGUCAGAUUUCUCACUAAAAGGGAGCAGCAGUUGAUGCAGAGGCGCAGACAUGCUGAGGAACUUCUGGAGUGGAGGCAGAGGCUGGAUGUUGAGGAGGCCGAAGUGCGGCGGAUGGAGAAACAAGCUCUGGCGGCCUGGGAGAAACAGCAACAGCCACGCAGCAGAACCCAAACGCAGCAGCACAGCCGGGAAAAUGAGCACAGUCACAUCAGCGGAGGACUAAGCCCCACAGGACAAGAAGCAGGCAGCGAAGAUGACGACUCCGUGGCGUUGUCAGUGUCCAGCAUUCACACUGAUUUGUCUGUUCCAGAGCAACUGGCCAGUCCUUCCUCAGAUCGGCCUGUCUCUGAGCUCAACUCUGCCGUCGAUGCCCUUUAUUCAGCCGAGUUUAUUGCCACAGACAGCAAACAGUCUCCUCCAGGGAAAGCCAGCCUCAGCUCUCUUCGACAUUCAGACAGUAGCCGGCCUGGCACUCUCAUUGGCACCAGCGAAAGCAGUAAGAUGCAGGUGCACUCCAGCUCCAAGGCCAGCGAGCCCCAUACCAGCGACGCUCAUUCAGCCACUCCAUCUGAGACCACAUCUGAUCAGAGUGAUAUUGAGAGCCGCAUUCAUGCCCUCAAGGAUGAGCUCCGUAAGCGCAAAUCAGUGGUAUACCAGCUAAAGAAGGAGCAAAAGAAAAGGCAAAAAGAGCGACUAAAGGCUCAGGAAGCAAGUUUGCUGAAACAGUUGGAGUCAUAUAAUGACUUUAUUCAGAAGACUAAGGCUGAGUUGAGUAAAGGGCCUGACAGCACUCCAGCUACUAAACCCCAGAUUAAAACACCCACGUCAACCAGUGAAAAGCCUCGAAUAAAACCCCCUCCACUUCAGAGACCAGAGACUAGCAAGAACUGGAAAAUCGUCACAGAAUCUGAGAAAUCAGAGAUUGUUCCCUCGGAGACAUCAGGAGAUAAAGAUGAUAUUGCACCAUCAGAACUUCAUAAGUAUUCAUCAGAACAUGAUGACAUUUCCUCAGAUGAAGAUCCUCCUACAGUCACUCCAACUCCAAUUAUGGGAAGUCCAGAACAUAUGGAUGUUUUGAGGAGCUUCCAUAGUCCAAAUCGUCCAAGCCACCGGUCAGAUGAUGCCUCCUUGGUCAAAGAGCAUUCAGCCAGGCCAGAGGACAUUGACUUCCUUUCGGGAGAAGAGAGUGUGGUUUCUAGCCACAAGUCAGGUGUUAUGGAGGAACUGGAAUAUGCAAAUUCAGAAGGGUCUGAGAAUGACCGAUCUGACCAGCACUCUCACCCUCUUCUUAACCUGGAUCUUGGGCUUCAGAUGCCAUCUCUGAAGGAUGUGAAUGCUAAAUCCGAUGAGGAAAGAUUGUCUGAGAAGGAUACUGCUGACAAGCCAGCCUUUCAAGACUCUGCUGAUGUUAGAGAAAGCAUGAGAUUAACUGAAUCAAAUCUGUCUCCUGUAGAGGUGUCCAAACAUAUAGACUACCCUUCAGCUGAGAAGACUCUUUCAGUCAUAGAUCAUUCUUAUACUUCUGACUUCUCAUUGGUCAAGAGGGAGGAUUCCCCAAGGAUGAAAGAAACCCAGUCACCCACAGCCGACGUCUAUAAUGAUGACUUUGAGUCUUCCUUUGAGUCAUCAUUAAACCAUGAAUCCAAGCCUACAUCCCCUACUGCUCCACAGCCCAAAGAAAAAUCUUUUAAGUCUCCAAUCUACAGUAGUGAGGAGGAAAUAGAAGAAGAACUAAGUGUCCAAUCUGGAAGUACCAAUGGCAGCUUCCAAAUUAAAAGUCAAACAGACCUCGAUAGCCUUGGAAGAGGCUCUAAAGACGUCACCGGCCCUUCACAGCCACAAAUGCCAAUCUUGCCAAUAAAGGACGAAUUGCCAAACUUCUGCAUUGGAGACAGGGUUUUGGUGAGUAACAUACAACCAGGCACGCUGAGAUUCAAAGGACAAACUAGCUUUGCCAAUGGAUUCUGGGCCGGGGUUGAACUGGACAACCCUGAGGGAAGUAACAAUGGAACUUAUGACGGGGUGGCAUACUUUGAGUGUAGAGAAAAACAUGGUAUAUUUGCCCCGCCAGACAAGAUUUCACGUCUUCCAGAAAAGUUUGAGGCCAGUGCAGAUACAGAGGAUGACGAUUCAUCGUGUGAUGACCAGCCAAAAAGAGACAACAAAGCCUCUGAGGAGCAGUUGGAGAAAAGAAAUCUGCUAAACAAAAUAAAAGAAGAAAAAUCUGACCUAGAUUUAUAUCCUGAGGCCAGAGAGCCUUUGCGUGAGCAAGGCAAGCCAUUGGAACUCAACAUCAAGCAGCUUUCUACUGAGCAAAGCACCUUUAUUAAAUCUCAGCAUAACCUGGAUUUUAACGAUAUUGACUGCAAUAUCAUUAACGAGUGUGACAAAGGUCCGCACACAGUGCCUAACGGCGGAGACAGGGACAUCAUUCUCAAACUCGAGGAUGCAUCUGUUGAGACCGCUGUGCCAUUGCUCAACAAUUUGGAUAAAGGUACAUCUAAAAAACAAAAGCAGGAAGACGAACCACCAGCAGUCAUUUUGGACCUCUUGUUGGAGGGGGAGAAAUCCAGAGUUGAUGGUCUUCAGAAAUCCGCUGAUAUUUCAAUCGAGGAGGCCAGUCUAGAUAACAAAAGAGCUUUGACUACUCUUGCAGAUAAACUUGUGGAAAACUUCUUAAGUGAUGCAGUGAAGCAAUUUCAGAAGAUCAAAAAAGACAAAGAGGAGAAGUUAUCUGCUGCUAAUCAACUAAAGCGAGACUUCAUCAAUGAAGAUGAUGGACUUAGAAGCAACAACUUCAAGAGCAGGACUGCAUCCAAAACAAAGACCGACAACUUCCGCACCUUCUUUGAUGAUGACCAAGAAGAACUUUCAUCUCCAGAGCAUUGCAACCGACCAGAGAGCCCUGUCCUGGGUACGAGUGGACAGGAAGAGCUAGUUAAACGUCUAGCUGAGCUGGAGCUUAGCCGUGAGCUCUUCGAUGUCCUUGGUGAUGAGCAGGACUGGUUCGAUGAGGACUUUGGUCUCAGUUCACGGAAAGAGCAACAGAAGCAAAAACAUCAACAACAGCAAGAUGGGAUUUCUAGCUCAGGGGAACAGGUCAAAACACCGCCCAGGCCUGAACUUCCUGUGCAAAUGAAACAACCAGAGGAGCCCGCCAUGAUUGUUCCUCACACUGUCCAGGAGGUAGAGAAACUGGCCAUCGCUGCUAUUCAGGAGAUCUGGGAAAGCUGCAAACUGGGUCACGGUAGACCAAGUCUGAUUGGAGUACCCAAGCCUCAACCCUCAAAUUGUUUCCUGGAAGGAGACGCCAAAGCCAGUGACCUAGAGGCUCAGUGCCAACGAAGCUACAAACUGACCGUGUUUGAUUUAUCGUGGGAGGUCAUUCAAGACAUCUAUGCAGAAGAUCCAAAACUUGAUCAGCCACAAUGGAUGAAGCCACGUCGCCUUAAUUCAACCUACUUCCAUCGAGUGAAAUGCCCCAAUGACAAAACAACUGUCCAGGAAUUUGUCACUACCGAGGUAUUAAAAUUGUGUGGUCUAAAGAAAGAGCAGAACCAGAAAACAGACUGGCAAAAAAUGAUCAAAUUUGGACGGAAAAAGCGAGACCGAGUUGACCACAUCCUAGUCCAGGAGUUGCAUGAAGAGGAAUCCCAGUGGGUAAACUAUGACGAGGAUGAACUUUUUGUAAAGAUGCAGCUUGCUGAUGGGAUUUUUGAUGCCUUGCUAAAGGACACCGUUGAUGUUCUGACCCAAAUCCAAGAGAAGAAAUUCAAAACAACUCUUUGAUGAUGGUCUUGUUUGUACAGAAAAAAUGUUUUAGGUACUUUCUGAUUUAAAAAAAAACAAAAAUGAAGUUUCAGUGUUGACAUAAAGGACAUUCAGUGAGGAAUUCUCUUUGAGUCUACACGUGCUGUCCAUGGCAGGACCUGUUGUGGGUUCAGGAUUUAAGGCCAUAACACCUUGCCCAGAAGUCUGACCUGUCGUGGAGAUACCUGUUCCGGGAUGUCUGAUGAACUUUUGUCUUAUGUGGUGUAAAUUGUAGCAGAUGUUUGGGUCCAAAUUCCCCAUACUGCAUCUGUUUAUCAUUGCUGCUAAAACUGGCUCAAGUCUUAUGAUUAAAAUACAAAGGAGUCGGAUCAAAUCGGAACAGACCUGCAGACUCGCAGACUAUUUUUAAUUACAUUGUAUCAUAAUGUUUUUUUUUUCUUCCUUUAAUUCUAUUAACUUAUUUUUUUUAAGUAACCUUUGAAUUUGAAAGUAACAUUGGAAAGUGUUUAAAGAAAAGAGUUUAUUUUACCAUUGACGUGAUUGAUUCAUUGCAGAACUAAGCACAAUAUGUACAAUCUGAAUGUUUAAAUGGCAAUACAUUGUAAAGGGAUCUGAUGCAAGAUAAUGUUGAGAAUUUGUAAAUGAUAUUUAUCUCUGCUUUUUGAAGCAACAACAACAACAACAGAACUGUUCUUGUGAUGGUUUUGCUCAUUCAAACAAUGUUUUAUUGGUGACUACAUAUUGCCAAAAGAUUGAAUUUGAAAUAACUGUGCUAAACGCAGGCAUGCUGGGUUCUAGCCUUAACAUUUGCCUUUUAUCCCAUUCGUUUUAAGUGCCUCCAUUGUUAUGUUUGCUCUUGCACGAGCGACUUUUCCCAGCCUUUGUUUGUGUUGUGAUGGUCUCUUUUUUGGCUUUAAUCUUGUCUUAACUUAUUACUUCGUAGCUGGACAAACCUCUAAUACUGUAACAGAUGUACAUUUCUGCCUUACUUUGUGUGUGUACCCAUCAUAAGAAUCUUUUUAAAUGGAAAGAUGAAUGGCAAUGUUACGCUAUCACUAGCACAAGGACAUGUUUGUUGACUUUUAAAAGAGGCGUUUUAUGUACUCAUUAUGUACCUUUUAAGGGCUCAGCACGUCCAUCUCGUCUUCAUGACCACGUUCUGUUAAUAUACAUGAAUACUGUGAUGUACAUACAUAAAUCUGGGUUCAUAAGAAACAUAUAAUGAAUUAGAUGUUUAUUUCGCUGGAACAAGCCCUUCCUCGCCAUCUCUUGAAGCUAUAUACUUCCUGCAUUGUGAGGUUAGAUCUAGAGUAUUGUGUUGUGUCAAUGUGUUAAACUUCAUCUAUGCAGCAAUAGAGUCUCUGAUACCCAGCAUCAGUUGCUCAUUCAAUAGCAUGUCAAAUUCUGUAGGUAACAGAGAUCUCUACCUCGUUCAGAGAACAGGCUGCUACUAAAUAGUCUUUCUGGUUUCUAAAUGUUUCAACUUUCAUUAACUAUAGGCGAUAAUUCUCUGCCUUGGAUUGGGGGGGUGGGAUAUUAGGAUUUGUGUGGCACAAAUGGUUUGAUAAUCAGUUUCUACUUCCAACUUGGUAGGCCCUAGAAAUGUUUUGCAUCCAGUAUGUGUCUGUAAUAUUUAUAUUAAUAAUGUACUGUGAGUGACAGAGGUGCACUUGAAGACUUGUAAAUUGUUUCACCCAAUGUAAAUAGAGUCGAUGCCUAUAUCUCCUGUGAGUGGACUCAUGGAAGAUUGCUGUGAAAACGGACGUGGUUCCUUUUGCUUCCAUGUACAUAUUAUAGAUAUAUUUGUUAACUCAACUGAUCCUUUGGAAAUUGUAAAUAAAGAUCUCAUCAUUUCUCAGUUA